AUGAUACCACGCAUUCGCAGUUUCACAGGCUGCGGCACGUGCCGAUCUCGACAUUUGAAAUGCGAUGAGACUCGUCCCGGUUGCCAGAUGUGUCUCACACUAGAUGUGCCCUGUCCUGGUUACCAAGGUCAGCUGAAAUGGAUCCAGUAUGCUCACUUACAGUCGGAAUCGCAACAGAAGGAGGAACCUCAGGAACGUGUGUUUCGGCGUCCGUUAUUCGCACGUAGGUUUUCUUUCCAGCCUUGCGCGGAAUUGCAUGUAACAAGAACGACAGAGAAGGAACAAAAAUUAAUGGCUCAAAUGACCGUCAAAAGUCUUCGAAGCCAGACUGCGAAUGAGGCCCUUGAAAUAUUGAAUCGAGAAAUCAGUUCCCAAAAUACCGACUCGUCGGAGAGCUUGUUUCAGGGUCCCUUCGGUGUUUUUAAUGUCACACUAGAUAAGGCCCCGCCAAACGACUUCACGGAAUCCAGCCCGCGUCCAGCAAGGCCCCAAAAGCCGCAGCCAGCAGUGCCAUGGCAAUCUCCAGAGGCAACACCGGUUAAUGAGGCACGACCUGAUCUUUGGACGCCGGAGUCUUCUAUCUCUAGUUCUCAUAAUCAUGCCUUGGUUUCCUCGCCAAAUGAAAGCUCCAAUCCGGGAAUCGGGACCUUGGUUCAUUUCAGUAACUAUCAAGAGGACAGUGCUUCUUAUCCACCUUCUCUGGGAAAUAUUCCCUCCCCAAUCUUACCGUUUUCGCCUUUUGUACCACCCGCUUCCCACGUCAUUCCGGAACGAGCACCGCAGCUUUUGCGUUAUUUCAAAAAUCAAAUUGUCUCGCUUUCGUUCCCUCUCAAGGGCAGCAAAAAAUGUCCUUGGCAGAAUAUUCAUCUCCCCAGAGCUGAGAAAGUGUAUGCGGAACUUUUACUUCAUCAAACUGCUAGCAACACAGGCUUGUCUUUGUUCUAUUCUCUCCUGGCUGCCAGUUGUCUCCAUAUUUCUUCGAAAAACGACACUACCUUAGAUUGGGACAAGCUCGGAAAGCAAUACAAGCAGAUUUCCAGGCAUCAUCUCGAGCUUAGCAUCCAACAAGAGAUAGCCUCGGACACGCGAGUAAAAUAUAAGGAGUUACUAAUGGCUUUAUUAUCAACAGUGAUGCUCGAGGUGCCAUCGACCCAAAUUCCUGGCAUGCCACUGGCUUUUGAUGCUAAUAUUCUGUGUAUCAGAUCACCUGUGGAAAUUAUACCGAUUCCCAGAAUCUUUUGGUAG